AUGGACGUGUGGGGCCCAGCCCGCGUCCGUGGGCAGGGUCACGAGCGCUACUUCCUGCUCGUUGUUGACGACUACUCGCGUUACACCGCAGUCUUCCCCUUGCGCAGCAAGGGUGAUGUCACUGAGGUGCUGAUUGACUGGAUCCGCGCAGCUCGUCUCCAGCUCAGGCAGAGCUUUGGCUCGGACUUUCCUGUGUUGCGUCUGCACUCGGACAGAGGUGGAGAGUUCUCCUCCGGCCUUCUGCGUGCCUUCUAUCGUGCGCGAGGCAUCCGCCAGAUCUUCACGCUUCCGGACUCACCGCAGCAAAAUGGGAUUGCAGAGCGCCACAUUGGCAUGGUCAUGGACGUCGCUCGUACGUCUAUGAUGCAUGCGGCUGCCCCCCAUUUUCUGUGGCCGUUUGCGGUGAGGUACGCGGCGCAUCAGAUCAACCUUCACCCCAGGGUCUCCAGGCCGGAGAUCUCUCCAGCCUUGCUAUGGACGGGGAAGGUUGGCGAUGCGUCGGCGUUCCGGGUCUGGGGGUCUCGAGCGUUUGUUCGCGACUUGUCUGCGGACAAGCUGUCCCCUCGUGCUGCUCCUUGCGUCUUCCUGGGGUUCCCCCCUGACGCGCCUGGGUGGCAGUUCUACCACCCCACCUCUCGCCGUAUUCUGUCCUCCCAGGACGUCACGUUCGACGAGUCGGUCCCCUACUACCGCCUCUUCCCCUACUGCACUCCGUCCCUCCCCUCGCCCCCGCUCUUCCUUGUACCAGGUCCCCCCGAGGUUGACCCCCUCCCCCCUCAGGGUCCCGCCCCUUCAGGUGUGUCCCAGGUAGACGCAGUCAAGCCGGUCGAGGUCACUGGUGACUCUGGUGCUGCUGAGGGUGCUGAGCCUGGGGGUACUGAGCUUGGGGGUGCGGAGCCUAGGGGUGCUGAGCCUGGGGGUGCUGAGCCUGGGGGUGCUACGUCUGGGGGUGCUGAGCUUGGGGGUGCUGAGCCUGGGGGUGCUGAGCCUGGGGGUGCUGAGCCUGGGGGUGCUGAGCCUGGGGGUGCUGAGCCUGGGGGUGCUACGCCUGGGGGUGCUGAGCCUGGGGGUGCUACGCCUGGGGGUGCUGAGCCUGGAGCUGCUCCGCCUGGAGGUUCUCCGGGUGCUUCGUCUCGCCGGGAGCCACUCUCUCCACAGGAGUUGCGCGAGUGGUUUGCCAGGCGCUGGCGCCGUACUACUGGUGCUGGAGGUUCUUCGGCUGCUGAAGGUGCUGCUGUCGCGGGUCCCGGAGGUGCUCGUAUUGGGAGUACUGGAGCUGCUGGGCGUGCGGGUUCGACUGGAGCUGGUGCUGCUGAGGGUGUUGGAGCUGAGACUACCGUUGGCGGUCCUGCUGGGGGUGCUCCUGGUGCUGCUGGAGGUUCUGUAGCUGCUGGAGGUGCUGCUGGAGCGGCUGCUCCUGCUGGGGGUACUGGUGCUGUCCCUGCUGCUUCUGGCGUCGCCACGCGGCCUCGACUGUACUUCGUUCCACUCUUGCAGCAGGUUCUUGGUCUUCCACCUUCUACUGGUCCUCCUCCUCCCGUAGAGUGUCCACAGCCUGUCCCGUCACAGUUACAAUUGCAGCCUGCCUCCCCUUUGCCUGCUCCUUCUCCCUACACUCGUCCUACUGGAGGUCUUGCUGAGCGUCGUGAGCCUGCGUCUCGCCCUGCGUCGCCUCUUCGUGCUGCUCGCACUAGUGGUCGCGGUUCGCGUCAGCGUCCUCCUCCUGUCCCUGGCACGCACCGGAUGUCUCUGCGUCCGUCCACUGCUCCUUUGCGUGCCCCUUUGCCUACUCCUCCUGAGUCCUCUCUUCCUGCUCUUGCCGACCCGGAGUCGGACUCUCUACGUGCUGCCAGUCCUACUGUCACGCGUCUCCUUGCUACUGUCGUCACUGACCCUUCUUUCGAGUCCACUGCUGCGUCUGCCCUCGUUGCUGAGCUCGUCGACUUUGCUGCUCGCUGUCGUCUAGACUACGCUGCUAGUCUGGUCGCUGAGUCUGAGUCUGUCUGUCCUCCGUCCGUCGGGGGUGAGUGUGCCCUUGGUACGGACGUCCUUGAGGAUAGGCAGGAGGAGUUCCAGUGUCUGGCAGCUGCUUCACCUCAUCUCGUGUCCGUACUGCUUACCCGUGAGGGAGACCCGGAUGCACUUGACAUCCCGACUCCGCGCUCUUACGCAGAGGCGAUAGAGGGUCCCUACUCCUCUCAGUGGCAGGUAGCUAUGGAUGCAGAGAUGGCUUCCUGGAAGUCCACAGGCACCCACGUUGAUGCUGUCCCCCCUCUUGGGGCGAACAUCGUCAGUGGCAUGUGGAUCUUCAGGGUGAAGCGGCCGCCGGGUUCUCCGCCUGUCUUCAAGGCGCGUUACGUGGCUCGUGGCUUCAGUCACCGGCAGGGAGUUGACUACUUUCAGACCUUCUCCCCCACCCCGAAGAUGACCACUCUUCGGGUACUGCUGCACGUUGCUGCUCACCGUGACUACGAGCUGCACUCUCUCGACUUCAGCACCGAGGAGAUCUGGCUGCGCCGCCAACCUGGCUUCACUGGGUCUUUCCCUCCUGGUACCCAGUGGAGUCUCCGGCGUCCAGUCUACGGUCUCCGCCAGGCGCCACGUGAGUGGCACGACACACUGAGGACUACGCUGGCGGCACUCGGGUUUGCUCCCUCUACUACCGACCCGUCGCUGUUUCUCCGCACCGACAUCUCUCUGCCGCCGUUCUACAUCCUCGUGUACGUCGACGACUUGGUCUUUGCCACUGCUGACACUGCUGGACUCGCCUACGUGAAGUCCGAGCUGCAGAAGAGACACACGUGCACUGACCUGGGUGAACUGCGCAGCUACCUUGGCUUGCAGAUCACCCGGGACAGAGCACGCCGCACCAUUACCCUGACUCAGUCACACAUGGUGCAGCAGGUCCUUCAGCGCUUACACUUCACGUACUCCUCUCCUCAGGCCACUCCUCUGCCUACUCGCCACUCACUCUCAGCUCUGCCUUCGGAUGAGUCCGUAGAGUCGAGUGGCCCGUAUGCAGAGCUUGUUGGCUGCCUCAUGUACUUGAUGACCUGCACACGGCCUGACCUUGCAUACCCUCUUAGCAUUCUCGCACGCUAUGUUGCUCCUGGGAGACACCGACCAGAGCACAUGGCUGCAGCGAAGAGGGUGUUGCGCUACUUGUGCAGUACGUCGGGCAUGGGGCUAGUGCUUGGAGGGCGCAGUCCAGUGGUCCUCACUGGGCACGCGGACGCUUCUUGGGCUGACGACCAGGCUACGCAGCGGUCGUCACAUGCUGUGAGGCUGAGAUCUACGCCGGGGCUAUGGCUGCACAGGAGUUACGCUGGCUCACCUACCUGCUGA